GUUUUGCGCCUGGUGCACGUGACAAGGCCAACGAUCGACUCCCUUGCUCCUCUUUCGCGUCGUAAGGUUGACCAUAGAGAGAGCGCUCGUCGCACCAGGCCGUCGGCGACUUAAGCCAGAGAAGAUUUUUGUCCAUUGUGUUCUCUGGACUGACCAAUCACAAGCGUCGUCAGCUCACUUCAUUUCGCAAGUGCCCAUCGAGACACAAAGGCGGGAUCAUGGGCGUCGUGACCAGCAUAUGCUGCGCGCCGGAAGACGACAGCCAACACCUCUUCCGCCGCAAACGUCCAGCCUUGGACAAGAACGCUCGUGUGAUUCGCAUCGUGCUCGAGAAAGCGACCGACUUGCCCGCUUCCGACUUGGAAGUCAUGGGUGGCAAGAGCGACCCGUAUGUGUCGUUCCAGUUUGGCAAGCAACGCCGACGCACCGAUGUCAUCGACAACACCCUGAACCCUGUGUGGAAGCACCAGGAGUACGAGUUCAUCGUGUCCAACGCGGACGUCGCGCAACAUAAGGUGCUUAAGAUUCGCGUGAUGGACCACGACGUGUUGUCGGCGGACGAUCUCCUUGGCGACCUCGAGUUUGACAUGACCAACUGGACUGGCGCCACCCGCCUCGCCGACGCCGCGCUCAAGCCGUACGACCUCCGCGUGCCGCCAGCGUUUGACGCCCAAAACGUCAAGGCGCAGCUGCACAUGUCGAUUUGUUUCCUCACGCCAUGGGAAGCUGCAGCCCGCAUCACGCAAGAGAUCUGGGAGAACGAGCGGUGGCUCACAACCACACAAUCAUGGUCCAAGAACUAUUUGACGUACGGCGACAAGCACGCGUGGACAUCAAGCAACGGUAAGCAGGGCGGCCCGAGCUUCAAGGAUGCGCUGCCCGACAUCCCGGAUGGUUACGUCCAGGCAGGCCAGUGGCAAUACGACGUUUCCCAUGGCGACGCGAACGGAUGGGUGUACGCGAACACGUUCUCCGGCCCGUGGCGCAAGGAAAAAGGAGCACUGCAUCGCGUGCGCCGCCGCUUGUGGGUAAACCACUACGACCGUUGCCCGGAGCAUGUCGCCCCCGCUGCGUUUUAGUCGAUAAGCUAAUGUGACGUGGUGGUGUCGGUAUCGUUUCGACGCGUCCUGGUCAUGGCCAUGUGCCUAUCGCAACUCACUGGUGUUCCGUCCACGUCAGCGCCGAUUGAAUGUCGGUGGAGCGACACAGAAUACGCGCAUGGACGACAGGUUAUGG